CGCAGGAGCAGUAGGUGCAGCGGCUUGGUCGCGACAGGUGCGCUGAGUAGAGCGCCGGGACCCGCGGCAGGGCUCAUAGCAGCGCAGAGGAAAGACGGCCUGGAGCCAGGUAUUCCGGUAUCUGUAGACAAGAUGGAAUCAACUCCAUUUAAUAGACGGCAAUGGACUUCACUAUCAUUGAGGGUCACAGCCAAAGAACUUUCUCUGGUCAACAAGAACAAGUCAUCGGCUAUUGUAGAAAUAUUCUCCAAGUACCAGAAAGCAGCUGAAGAAACAAACAUGGACAAAAGGAGAAACAACACUGAAAAUCUCCCCCAGCACUUCAGGAGGGGGACCCUGACCGUGUUAAAGAAGAAGUGGGAGAACCCAGGGCUGGAAGCAGAGUCUCACACAGACUCCCAGCGAAACAGCAGCACUGAGAUUAGGCACAGAGUGGGCCAUCCUUCUGCUGAAGUGACAAGCAACACUGCUGUGGGAGCCGAAGCUGACCAAGAGGAACGAAUUCACCCCAGACCUACGUUGGGCUCAGCUCCUGAAGCUCUCAUUCAGUCUCGGUAUCCCCACAUCAAGGACAGUGAGGAUCUUAAAGACCACUCAACAGAAAGUAGGAAGAUGGAAAAUUGUCUAGGAGAAUCCAGGCAUGAUGUAGAGAAAUCUGAAAUCAGUGAAAAUACAGAAGCUUCAGGCAAAAUAGAGAAAUAUAAUGUUCCACUGAACAGGCUUAAGAUGAUGUUUGAGAAGGGUGAACCAACUCAAACCAAGAUCCUUCGGGCCCAAAGCCGAAGUGCAGGUGGAAGCAGAACCUCUGAAAACAGCUACUCUCUGGAUGACUUGGAAAUAGGCCCAGGUCAGUUAUCAUCUUCUGCAUUCAACUCAGAGAAAAACGAGAGUAGGCGAAAUCUGGAACUUCCACGCCUCUCUGAAACCUCCAUAAAGGAUCGAAUGGCCAAGUACCAGGCAGCGGUGUCCAAACAAAGCAGUUCAACCAACUAUACAAAUGAGUUGAAAACCAGUGGUGGUGAAAUCAAAAUUCAUAAAUUGGAGCAAAAGGAGAAUGUGCCCCCAGGCCCUGAGGUCUGCAUCUCCCAUCAGGAGGGAGACAAGGUUUCUGCAACUGAGAAUAGCCUGGCAUUCCGUUCCACCGCUGCUGAAGAUGACUCCCCAGGUAACAUCCAGGUGAAGAGUGAGGUCCAACAGCCUGUCCAUCCCAAGCCACUAAGUCCCGAUGCCAGAACCUCCAGCCUUUCCGAAAGUUCUCCUCCCAAAGCAGUGAAGAAGUUUCAGGCACCUGCAAGAGAGACCUGCGUGGAAUGUCAGAAGACAGUCUACCCGAUGGAGCGGCUCUUGGCCAACCAGCAGGUGUUUCACAUCAGCUGCUUCCGUUGCUCCUAUUGCAACAACAAGCUUAGCUUAGGCACAUAUGCAUCUUUACAUGGGAGAAUCUACUGUAAGCCUCACUUCAAUCAGCUCUUCAAAUCCAAAGGCAACUAUGAUGAAGGCUUUGGGCACAAACCGCACAAGGAUCUGUGGGCGAGCAAAAAUGAAAAUGAAGAGACUCUGGAGAAACCAGCCCCGCUUCCAAAUGCAAGAGAGACCCCUCAGAGCCCAGGAGUAGAAGAUGCCCCCAUUGCUAAGGUGGGCGUGCUGGCUGCAAGCAUGGAAGCCAAGGCCUCCUCUCUGCGGGAGAAGGAAGACAAGCCGGCAGAAACCAAGAAGCUGAGGAUCGCCUGGCCACCCCCAACCGAACUUGGCAGUUCUGGAAGUGCCUUGGAAGAAGGGAUCAAAGUGUCUAAGCCCAAAUGGCCCCCUGAGGAUGAAAUCAGCAAGCCUGAAGCACCUGAGGAUGUGGAUCUGGAUCUGAAGAAGCUGAGACGGUCCUCUUCGCUGAAAGAAAGAAGCCGCCCAUUCACGGUAGCAGCUUCAUUUCAAACCACUUCUGUCAAGAGCCCCAAAGCUCUGUCCCCACCUAUCAGGAAGGGCUGGAGCAUGUCAGAGCAGAGUGAGGAGUUUACAGGAGGAACAGUAGUAGAGAGGAAACAAGUGGAAAAUGCCAAGGCUUCCAAGAGGAAUGGGAGCGUGGGCAAAACAACCUGGCAACACAAGGAAUCUGGGGGUGGAGAGGCAGGGAGAAGUAAGGAGCCUCAUGGCUUUGAGAUAGGGGAUGAGAAUCUUGUAGAAAAUGGCGCAAACUUAGAUGAAGAUGACAGCAGCUUCCUCAGACAGCAGUCUCCACUACAACCCAAGUCUCCAAAUUGGCCCGGUGUUGUAGACAACACCUCUACUAGAGAAUUCACUCCUCAGAUAUCCCAGGAUGUGGGAUUCUGGGAUGGAGAAGCGGUCCAAGAGCUCUCUGUGGAAGAGCAGAUAAAGAGAAAUCGGUACUAUGACGAGGAUGAGAAUGAAGAAUGACACGUUGCAGCGGUGCUGGGCCUUAAGUUCAUGUUAGUGUUAGUGAGCCACUUGCCCUUUGUCCAAGCGUCACGUACAGAAACAGCUAUUGUAGCGUAAAAUGUAAUUUAUGUGGAAGUAACUUUGGAAAAGAGUUUCUGCUUCAAAAACAAACCUUACUGCAGCUUAAGUGAACCAAUUCUAAGUAUUAGGGAUAAUAGUACUUAAAUCUUCCAUUUUAGAGUGAUGAUAUGUAUAAGUGCUUUAAGGUCUUAUAAAGUGGGGAAAUACUCCAACUGAUCUAGUCCAGUUCCACUGCAUUCUGGAAAGGCAACAUUAAAGUAGGUAGAUGAUUAGUAAGACAUUGUAACACUAUAAAUACUAUUGUGGAAUUAAAGAAUUUACAGAAGGGAUUUAGAGGCUUCAACAUUAUGAUGGAAUGCACUUUAGUAUAAAGGGCACAGUUUGUGUAUUUUAAAUGAAUACCAAUGUAAUUUUUUAGUAUUCAUCUGUUAAGAGAUCAAAUGUUUUAGUCUUUUAAAAAUUUUGUAGGUUAAUUUUCUUACUUUGAUAUAUAUGGGGGGAUUUACUGCUUUGCUUCCUGCUCUCCAUGCUGGACUGAAUCAUUGAGGUAUAACACAGCCAUCUUUUCAGAGCACUUUUUGAGGCAGUUGAAGAACCAACCCACAUGCUUUGGUGCUUGGAGAGAUCCUGUCUCCCAAAUAAGCUAUGGUAUUGCCAAUGAGUUUGACUAAACCUCAAGUGAUUGCUUUCUUUCCUGGUGGUAUCUGUGCUUCUCAUAAGUUACUGAAAGCUGCAGUAUUUUUGGAAGACCUUUGGGAUGUGAGAGCAAAGUGAGGAGUUUAAAGGAGGAAUAACAGAGAGAACCGCCUUACACCCCUUGAGUCCUGACCUCUGAACCCUGGUAUUCCACUUUGGAUGUACCCUUUCUGAGAUACUAAUUUUUAAGUACUUAUUAGCUCUGAAAUACAUUGAUGUUUAUGGCACACGGUAUUCCCAGGGUGAAAUUAAACCAACUGUAGGCCUUUUUCUGGGGAGGGUUUUCUACUAUUAGGGCUUUGGAACACAUCUGUUGUACAUAAUUGAUAUUCCAAAUCCAAAUUGUAUGUAUGGGAGGGAGAGGUGUUUCAAGCUAUAGCUUUUCUUUGUACUGCAUUUAUAGAGAUUUAGCUCUAAUAUUUUUUAGAGUUGUAAAAUAUUCUGCUUUCUUACAGUCUUGCUUAGUUUGGAACAUUUUUAUUCAAUAAAGCUUUUGAUUAAAAUUUGAA